CGCCGCGAGCACCGCCGCGUUGCAGACCAUGGCGCAGCGCUCGGGGAAGAUCACUUUCUAUGAGGGCAAGCACUUCACAGGACGGAAGCUGGAGGUCUUUGGGGAAUGUGACAACUUCCAGGACCGAGGCUUUAUGAACCGAGUGAACUCCAUCCGUGUGGAGAGUGGAGCCUGGAUUGGCUUUGACCACCCUGACUUCCGGGGCCAGCAGUUUGUCCUAGAGCACGGUGACUACCCUGACUUCUUCCACUGGAACAGCCACAAUGACCACAUGGGCUCCUGUCGGCCCGUGGGAAUGCACGGGGAGCAUUUCCGCCUAGAAAUCUUUGAGGGCUGCAACUUCACGGGCCAGUGCCUGGAGUUCACAGAGGACUGUCCCUUCCUUCUGAGUCAGGGCUGGGCCAAGAAGUGCGUCAGUGCCAUCAAGGUGUUUGGCGACGGAGCGUGGGUCCUGUACGAGGAGCCCAACUACCGCGGCCGAAUGUUCCUGGUGGAGAGGGGCGACUUCCGCAGCUUCACCGACUGGGAGGCCCCCAGCGCCCGCAUCCAGUCCCUGCGCAGAGUUGUCAACUUCUUCUAGCCCAGGCCCAUCCGCCAGUCUCUUGCAGGGCACCCAGGGAGACAGGGAUCCCCUCCAGCCCCCAGGACUUGGGAGAGUGGGGAAUAAAAGUCCGCAAAG